UGGGCGCGGGGCGGGGCGGGGCGGGGCUAGGAAACCCCGGAAUAGAGUCUGCACCCUCCCACCGGAAAACCUACUCCCGGAAUCAUGCCUCUUCCCAGGGCUAUCCUCUUCCACCUCCCUGUUUUCCUCUGGUAUCUCUUUGCACUUUACCAGGAUUUGCUGCUGACAUCAGGAGGGCGGCUGCUCGGAGCCUCGACAUACGGAGGGCGCUGGAAAUAUCUGACCUUCAUCAACAUGGUUCUGCAGACCAGCUUUUUUGGAGUGUCUGUCCUCACAGACCUGGUGUGCCUCCUCCCUCAGCCUGGUAAACGUGUGCAGCGACGCUCCCUGAGGAUCAGUGCUCUGCAAGACUGGCUUUUUGCAGGCCUUGCCUUUCCCAUAGGCUUUUUUGUUGUUGUGAGUUUCUGGCUUCUUUAUGCCUUUGACCGAGAGCUUGUUUACCCAAAGAUUCUCGACCAGAUCAUCCCUACGUGGAUGAAUCACGCGAUGCACUCAGUGGUUUUGGUGCUGCUCACGUUGGAACUGAUCCUGGUCCCACAUCACUGCCCUAGUCGCAAGGGAGGCAUGGCGCUACUCAUCACCUUCUGCAGCUCCUAUUUACUCUGGGUGCUGUGGAUUCGCCACAGGUCAGCAAUCUGGGUCUACCCCAUUCUGGAGGCACUCAGUCCGGUUGGCGUGGGGAUCUUUCUUACAGUAGCUGUUCUUGUAACCAUUGCCCUUUAUGUUGUGGGUGAGAAACUGCAUCAUUGGCGAUGGGGCACUGUGGAAUCCAUGAAGGUGAAGUGAUCAGCUGACAAUUGGGACUAAAUAACAUGAAGACAGUGGCCGUAGAAUUGUUGUUGAGAUCUUGCUGUUAGCCUCAUGAUCAAUUUGUAUAAGGGUUAAUGACAGUAGCUCUGGUCACUGUGAAAUAUCCCUUCUUUCUGAUUAAUCUCCAAGAUGUUUAAUUAUGUUUUAGAGCUCCCUGUAACAAUGAGAUGGAUCAAGAGUUGCCUGUUCUCAUUAAAAUCCCCAUCAGCCACUUGUAGAUAGUGGGCAUGUCGGUACUAAGAUGGUGACACCAGAUCAUUGAUUUCCCCGCCCGGAGCUCGGUGUAGUGAUCUAAAUUCUUACACCCAGCAGUUGCCUCUUUAGUGAGCAGUUAAUGAUGGGCUAAAGAGCAAGAUAGACUAUGUGAACAUCACACUCCUGAAUGGCGAAUGAAUGAUUCCCUGUUAGUACUUUCUGACUCAUCCAAAUCCCAAAUUCAUUCAUAACCAAACUCAUCCAGAACCUGGUUACUGAAAAAGGGAGAGGCAGGUGAUUUACUGAUAUACCCUCAUACUUAGCCCUGACCUGGGGGAGGGGCAUACAAUCAUAAGCAAUAGGAGCAAGAAUAGGCCAUUUGGCCCCUCAGACUCGUUCUGUCAUUCAAUAAGAUUGUGGCUGAUCUGAUUGUGGCUUUAACUUCAUUUUCCUGGUUGCCCCUGUAACCCUUGACCUCCUUGUAGAUCAACAAAUGUAACUCAGCCUUGAAUAUAUUCCAUGACCCAGCCUCCACUGCUCUCUGGGGAAGAGAAUCUCAAGGAUGAAUGACCCUCUGAGUGAAGAAGUUCCUCCUCAUCUCCGUCUUAAGUCUAAAGUUUUUCCACUACUUUUUUCCUGGUGAUAAUGACUGUUUUAAAUUCCUCCCUUUUGUCCUUGAUUUUCAGUUAUUCUUGGGAUGCUUUUUUGUCUUGUACUGUGAAGACAGACACAAAAUACUUGUAUAACGUCUCUGCCAUUUCCUUUUUGACCUUGCACAGACUUGUGACCACAUUGAGUUUAUCCUUUCUGAUUGUAAUUUUGUGAGAAACUGUGACCCAGGCUUUGUGAUUAAACAGUGAUUAGUUA